AUGCAAAAUGAGUUCAAAAAAGUGCCUCUCACUUCAAACCAGGAUUUCAGUUGGGCGUUCUUGAUUGAUUGGGUUUUGAUUCUAUCGGUGUCUAUAUUGGCAGCUUUCUACUUUGGAAGAGCUUUCGGAUUUAUAAUUACAACGUUACUAGAAUGGUUUGUAUGGAAACGUUACUCUGUUAAAAUACAAGUGCAUUCACUGAAAAUCUCAUUUUUGGGUGGCCGCUUGUUUUUCAAAAACCUGACUGUGGUAACCGAAAAUCAGACUAUUUCAGUUCUGCAAGGUCAUUUAACUUGGCGAUAUUGGCUGUUCAACUCCAGACAAACGUCUUAUGAAAGAGCUCAAUGUGGUGCCACAGGAAGUGAUAACAGGCCCUGUCGAUUUAAGUUUGAGUGCCAGGGUUUGGAGCACUUUAUCUACAAUAAAACCCACGCGUUUCAUCAUGUGAAAAGCUCACUAUCCACAGACGAACAAGCUCGCUUUAGGGAGUUCGAUGAGUUUAACGAGGAUGGACAUGAUUCUUUUCACAAUAACGCUUCUUCCACCCAAUCAUCUACGCUAGCUUCAGAUGACAAGAAUGCGUCCAGCUCUACGGAAUCCUCUCUGAAUCAUUCAUCUUUACCACUCCCUCCGUUUCUGCGGUCAUUGCCGCUUGAGUUUGAUGUCCAGAAAGGUGCGAUCGUCGUGGGAAACAAGCAUACCACAUCUAUUCUCAUCUUGAACUAUGAUUCACUUCAUGGAGUUCUUGACGUUGGAAUACCGAACAACAAGCUAGAUCUUUACAAAAUGCAAACCCGAAUAGAGUUCAAUAAAUUUCGAGCGUCACUCAGACCAAACCUGGCUUUCAGUGCAGUAUUGCCUUUGCAAACGCUAGUAAGAGCCGAAAAGCUCAAGGGAAUAUGGCAUAAGUCUAUCCAAGUUUUACUCAAGGCGAAAGAUGGACGCUUUUAUGACUUAUAUCCUAGGAAUUCAGAUCCACACCACAUUGUUCAGAAUCCUUUGGAAGAAUGGAAAGGUUUGGGACUUUAUAGGAAGGAGGACGAUGCAGCAUGGGAUGAUGCUUUUAAGUUUGAUGUGUCGAAACAUCAAUAUGCCAAGUACACGAAGUUAGUGAAAAGCGAGAAACUUGUUGUCGAUUAUUCGUUCGAUAGCCCCGGUGUCACCCCUAGCCUCUCGUCACAUGCAGCUAGUGAUUCGACUAAACAGGAUGAAGCAGACCGACCGCCAGAUUUCUCUGUCGACAUAAAACUUUUUGGGGCCACGAUACAUUAUGGGCCCUGGUCACACAAUGAGCUUCUCCCUAUUCAAAAAAUGUUUUCUCCAGUGAUAUCAAGGGACAGCAGACCUCUGGAUAUCCCAAAGGCAGGUUCCAAGCGAGAUUUCGUUAGAAGUAAGCUCUCAGUAACGGUUGCGAGCUCCAGCAUCCUUCGUAUUCCCACACGCGAGGCAAGCAAGGAUUUGGAUUUUUUGAAGAGAUUUAGGGAGACUCAAGAUGAUUCCCGACCUUUUGGGUGGCUAGAGAUUGUUCUAGCCAAGGGAUCUGAACUUACGCUUGAUUUUGCGAUGUGCCCAACAUCAUCUGGAUUUGAAAACAUCUUAGAUUUGCAUAUGGAGGAGCCUGAACUCCGAACAAGUGUUAAUCAUGACAUUUUGUUUAGCGCUGUAUCUCACGAUGUUCACGCCCAGAUUGGGUACCCUUUGGGCUGGAACCAAAUGGCAGAAUGGAAGUUCGAUCUCGCUUCAGACCAAGCCCAAUUUUUCAUUUUGAAGGACCAUAUCCAUUUACUAGCUGAUAUGAUCUCAGAUUUUGGAUCAGGAGAGCCUACACCCUAUGACUUAUUUCGUCCGUUCAUCUACGAGUUCACCUGGAACUUCAGAGGUUAUUCAAUCUACUUGAAUGUAAAUGACGCAAAUAUUGUUAACAAUCCUGUUGAUUUCAACGAGAAUUCUUAUUUAUCGUUCCAUGGCGACGACCUUCGGAUGGAAUUUACUGUACCACAACUAAGUGUGGCGGGAAAUAGUACAACAGUUGACUAUAAACUCUUCACAUCGAUGUUUAGACUUCGAAUCAAUACCCCAACAUGGAGUACCCUUCAUGAAUUUAUGAAAGAUCAGGAAGUGGGAAGGUGCCAUGACUUCACAAUGUCAGGCUCUUACCUCUUCUAUUCUAAGCUUGAUGUUGACAAUACUGAUACCAUUAUUAUUGACUGUCAAAGUAGAUCGACCACCCUCAAGUGUUACGGUUUUGUGGUUAGGUUUUUGAUCGGUGUGAAGAUGAACUAUUUUGGGGAUUUUGCUCAUUUUAAGACAACCGAAGAGUACAUGGAGGAACUUCGAGGUGCCAGUGUAGGUAGAAAAACAGCUUCUGCUGCAAUCGAGGACUUUUUAGGCAUAAUAGAUUCCUGUGGCCGUAACUCACAGUCGGAACUGCCUCAUCUUAACAGAGAUGCGGUUUCAGCUAGGAAAAGCUCGUUGAAAAGAAUGGUCAACGAAAAAGACGUAUGGUUCACAUUUUCUGUCAGAGAUGGCUGCAUUGCUCUUCCAGAACAAUUAUACGACUGCGAAAGUUGUUUCGCCUUUCAGUUCGAUUCUUUGGACAUUGAUGUCCGCGAUCUGAAUUACUAUAUGGACCUACAAGCAUCAUUUUCGCCUAUUGAGUUCAGACGUCUGUCUACGUCGAACUCUGAUGGAAUAUUUGGACGCACGACAGAGAGGAAUGCCGAAAGUUUUUCUCUUGGGCAGGCUUCGGACCUUCACAUUCAUGCGCAUCGUCUUUUUGGCUUACCUCCCGAUGAGGAAACUUAUGUCUGCAAGUGGGACUUUGCUCUCGGCUCGCUCAAGAUAGAGUCUGAUCUGUCUUUUAUAUUACAAUUGACUGAAGCUUCAAAGAAGUUAAUCUUCGGUUUCAAGGAUUUUGAAAACAUCAUGAACUAUGAGUCUACAAAUAUAUUCGAUUUGACUUCUGUCACUUUUGUCACCGAUGAAAUGACACUAAGCAUUCAAGACACUUUAACAAUGCACGAGAUCUCUGUAGAGACGAAAAGACUGAAAAUGACCUUCGUUGAUAUGGAGAACGAAGCCUAUUCAAGUAGAGUGGAUGUUGACUUAGCCCUGCUCUUGAUCAGCAUAGUUGAGAAAGAACCUAAGGAGAAGCUAAUUGGAUUAUUCAAGACGUCAGGUAGAGUUACAAACUUUUUGCAGUUGGCCGAUUUAAUGUCACAUACCAAAAAACAAAAAGCUCAUAUCGCUGCAAAUGAUGCACCUUUCCACCGCUGCCCCUUUUUGUUGCCCGGUGCUAUCCAAAACUCUGCAACAUACCGAGAACUGUUUGGCUCCAUACCUCCCGGGGUAUCAAUUCCUUCUGUUGCAAUACCAGUGACAACCGCAAACUGGUAUCAAGAAAUGAUUGAGUUUAUGCAAGCUGAAAAGGACCUUGAUAGAGUUAGUUGGGGCGAAUUUUUUUCAAAUGGAAUUGGCACCUCGCCAAUUGCUGCUUGUGAAGGGAGCAAUCAGCCACCUCUGUCGAGUACAAUCAAGCUCCCCAUCCACAUGGACGAAGCCGAUUAUGAUUCUGAGUUCUCCAAUCUCGUCAUGAGCUUAGAUUACGCAGUUCUCAAGUGCAACCCUCACUGCCAUCAACUGCUGGAGAGCUUAAUGAGCCAACAGUACUCAAACUUUGUGGAACAAUUAAUGGAUGCCAAUGAAAUGAAUGUUGUUCUUUACUUCAUAAAGAAAGCCAUGAACAUCAAAGAAUCAAAGAGAUUCAAGAUAUUAAGUCCUCAAAUUGAAAUAAUUCUUGGUGAGUAUUUGGAUGAACAUGAUGCUCUUGGCAACUUUACGUCAGCAAAAAUAUGUUUACGAGGGCUUAACUUGAAUGCAGGCCUAAAGGAAAAGGUUGAUGCAAGUGACCCCCUGGAAGAUUUUGAUGUAAAACGCGAUCAAGAGAUUACCGCCCUCGUCAAGAUACCAUCCUUGAAGGUAGAUGUGUGGGAACAAAAUCACUCUUCAUCGUCAAUCAAACGGGGUUUUGUUUUUUCUUCUGCAAUAAAUGAGUUAGAAGCGUGGUUUCUCGAAUCAGAGAAGAACAAUGCAUCUAUCAAUGUCUCAUCUGUAGAUAAUUCGAUGAAUCCCAAUGCAGUGGAAACUUUGCUAAUAUUUGCGAAGGGUUUGAUCAAUGAUUUCGAUAAGCUCUUCACUAUAUCUUCACAGUUUGAUAAUCUGAAGAACGAAGCAAGGAAAGACUUUUUUUACCAUGUGGCAAUGGCGAGCGAAGAAUAUCAAAUCAUGCAUGAUCCACCGGUCAUCACUAAGCCCGCGUAUAUCACCAGGGUUCCCAAUCAGCAUGUGAGGGAAAACAGGAGCUGGAAAAUAGUCACUCGAUUGCGACACAUUCUAAACUAUCUCCCUGAGCCUUUGGUGGCAGACCUGUAUGCAACCAUCAAAAAGCGCACGCUGAUAGCACCGGCCAAUGCAGGCACUAGAUUUCUAGAGGUGUUUUCUAAGUGGAGAAGUUGGGAAUUCUUCGACGUAGAAAAGUGCUUCUUUUACAGGAAAUCUUUUGGACAACAAUUGGGCUCUGAAAAUGGCGCGUCUGAGUUCAACGUUAAAGUGGGACUUGGCGUGAUUUCAUACACUCUUUCCAACGCUACGGACGAAGACGGAGACACGAUUAUACUUAAGGACAUAAUUGCUCUCCACACUUGCGAAGGAAAUCCUGCUGGAGCUCAUCAAGAUGCCCCUCGUGAAAAAUCUUUAUCCCUUACAAUCAAAACAGCGAGGAUAGUUGUUAGUGAAACCGCCUUGAAUCUCAAUAUAUUGCUGGAAGCGUUCUCAUCACAAGAUGCAAGAUCUUUCGAUUUUACUCAACAACAAUACCAAUCACUUGCCUUUGAGCAUAUGAGCUUUAUGAUCGAUCGAUGCGAAGUGCAGCUUAUUUCGAGAAGUGAAAAGCUCAGCUUCAAGUCGUUUGGUAAUUGCGCAACAUUUGGACGCCAACAAUCAGGAUCUAAAGUGGUUUCUUUCAUUACCUCAUGGGACUGGCUUGAAUUGGGCUUACGACAUCACAAUAACGUCUUGUUGGACGUCUUUUCAAGAAAUGGCUCAUUGACCACUGUACUUGCCUCUGUUGAGGAUGGGACGUCAAGUGUGUUUGAUUUCCAAUCCCGAAAGUUGCGCUUAAAGUCUCACUCGACAACCGAAUCAUACUGUGGCUUUAUCAGCUCAGUAGAACGUUUACAGAACGUCUUGCGAUCUAGAAUAGAUGUCAACCAACAGGUUGCAGCUGCAUCGUCCACUCAUGAUCCAAAGGGCACGGCCAGCAUGAGGGUUCGCGUGAAGGUCUCUCAUUUUGCUGCAGAUAUUGCAAUGAUUACUCCGCUCUCCUUCUCAAUACACGCAACUGAACUGGACACCAUCUUUGAGCAAGCUGGAGGCCAGGAGAUUCAGAUCAAUCUUGGUGGAAUAGACUUGGAAGUUGGGUCAUCAAAACGGUGCCAACAGUACUUAAAAUGGUCCCAGUCUAGACUCGAGUUGAGAUCGAACCUGGUCUGUGGAAAGAAUGCAAGCAAUACAAUAACAGUGGAAUCUGAGCUUUCCAAGCUCGAAGUGUGCGAACCCAAAAGUUUGUUCACAGUUGCUUUGGAAGAUUAUCACGUUGCCAAGCAAAGCUUGCAUUCUCUCGAUGUAGCUCUGAGAGCUUUACAACUUCACGGAAAUAAGGAAUCCGAUGAUCGAGCCACUUCCUUCCCGGGAGUAUGGAACAUCUCCUUGAAAGCGAAGUACGCGGGUGUUCUGUUAUCUCUAGGAGCGAGCAGCUAUAUCUUGGAAUUAAAUCAGCUGCUAUUCAACUUGUCUGGUAAAGACCAUCACUUACAGAACGACUCCAGGAAAGGCGAUCACAUCCAAGGGGAGAUUUGGGUCAACAGUAUGGCCUUUUUAAUAAAUGAUUCGCAGCUAUCUGCGGGGCUCGCUAAGCUGAUAGACAUCGGCCUGGGUAUCAAGGUUGCUCAAGAGUCGGAAGGUAUCGUCAAGUCUUUAGAAAUUGAAAGCUCGCACUUCAGAAUUGCCAUAUGCCCCGUUUCUGUGAUCAAAGUUCUGCUUUUGGCGUUAGAGAUCUCAAAUUUUGCCUCAACGCUGGCGCCCAGAGAACAUUCCUCAACAGAUGACCCUGGUACAUUAGCAGGUAUUUUAAAGGCAUUAGGUGCUAUACAGUCCAUACACAUACUGUCAUACAAUUUUUGUGUCGGGUGGAUGUUUGACGUGGUUGGAGCGACUCAUCCAGGGCUUAUCUGGGGGUAUCAAAGGGUCUUUGCCGCUCAUGAAUGGCCUCAUGGUAAACUUACAUUACUGGAUGCGUACUUUUCAAUGGCUCGGGGAUACUCUUCUGAUGAUUUUUACGCCACGGAUAGUGAGGUAAACAAAUUCAAUCGUAGCUUCUUGCCAAGCACGCAAAUUUGUUAUUGGUUUGGAAAUGUGAAUUGCGCCGAAGAAUUGUUUGUGAGGGUGACUGGCGAAAGAUUGGAUGUCAGCUUCUUGUCAAAAGCAAUUGGGCUUGCGGAAGGACUUCUGAAGUCUGUACAAGAAUUUGAAGACCUUAAGAGAACCCAGCUUGAUCCACUUCUAUCCUCUGUAAAGGAGAGCGGUCGCCCUUCGUCCCCGUCAAAGCCGAUUAAGAUACCUGGCUUUUUCGGAAUAAAAAGCCUCAACUGCGUUGCCCGAUACGCAGGCGGUGUUUUCAAGCUUUACUCUCCAGAGGAUGUCAAUUCAGGCAUUGAUCCAUCCUUCCAAUUGGAAAGUCCUUCUGUUGAGGUCAUAUUUGAUUACAGAAAUACGCCUUGUGAUCGUCGUUCCCAUAAAUUACGGGUCCUAGCCCACGUCGACAGAUCUCAUAACACCAUUUUCCCAACUUGCGUGCCUCUCCUUGGAGAAUUAGCGAGAGACGUGAGAUGUUUGAUGAAGAGCUUCAAUGUGAGUUCCGAAAAUACGUCAUCCGUGUCCAACGUUCAGGACAACAUCAAUUACAAAAACUUAUUGAGAGACUUUGAUAUUUCAUUUCAGACGAAUGUCCAACAGCAGCUGAUCAGUUUGAGUUGUGAGCCGAAGGCCAAAGUUCAAGCUGAUAUCGGCUUUGACAAACUUGUGAUUAAAUUGUUCACUAAUGAUUUGGAUGUCCUAGAGCCAUUGAGCGUCUCUGUCGACAUUAGAAACAUCAUGGCGACAUCAAGGCACAUUUUCUCUAGGGAGAUCAGUACGUCCAUUAAAAUUGACCAGUUACGAUUCGUGUUCUUCUUAACACAUCCAGACGUCAUUCACACAUAUGGUAUUGUGCACAUUCCAAGUAUCGACGUCUACUUUAACAUCAAACAACUCCAAGACUUGAAUGUUUUCAUUAAUAUAUGGAAAGUUGAUAGCGAGGUUUUGUCUCAACGAGAAAUGGCUGGCAGUUCACCGUCGUAUUUAUCAGCAGAGGGAAGUCUGACCGCGAAACACAAAAAAGUAACGUCAAAUAGUUCAUUUCCUUGGAACUUUGUGAUGGUCAUUUCGAAAAUUAAGGGCGAUAUUGAUUUAGGCGUAUCGCUUGGAGUGCUCAGUCUUUCUACUGAUAGAAUGUGGGCAGUGACUGACCAUUAUUCAAACUGGACUCAAAAGUUAAGUCUAAGGCUAGAAAGGGUGUCCCUUUCCUCUGACGGAAGGCUGGGUGGAACGCUGCUAUUGCGAAACCUAAACUGGAUGUCCCAGGUUAGCUGGCCAGUACAUGGCGGUGAAUUGCAAAACCCGCUCAUCAUUAUAAACAUUGCACUUGAGGAAUUUGCACUAAAGCUAUCUUUCGACUACCAUUUGAUAUUGAUUGCUAGCUUGGAGAAUUUUAGAACGAAUCUUUUCAACAAGCGAGACCCAGCGGGAUUAUCUAGAAAUCUCAUGUCCGUGUCAGUUUUUUGUGAAAACACCCAUAUAUUUGCAACGGCCCUUGCACCUGCAAACUUGCUUGAUGUCUACAACACAAUCCUGAGAAUGCGAAAAGAUAAUAAAAAAUCUUACCUCGAGACACUUGGAGAUUCGAACACUAAGGACACAAAACAAGUUACUACUAGCCGCGAAAUUUUGAGCUCAUUAAGUUUCUUGCGCACAGAACUAGAUGUUAAAUUAAGCUUUUUCAAUGCCCAAAUAUUUCCUAGUACUUUAUUCGAUAUGGAAGUGCUCACAUUUAAAGCUGCAAAUCUUUCCAGUAGCUCCCAAAUUGAGAGGCAUAAAACGUUGAAGACCCAAUUAAGUUGGCAGAUUCACGAUGUGAAAAUAGCUCUGUCUACGUUCAAGUCUCAACUUCAUGAGAAAGCAGCUUCUCAAAUUGGCGUCAAGGAAUACAUAAAACAUGGAUCUCAAGCUCAUGGCGGAACCAUUUUGGUUAUUCCCGCUAUUCUGAUUAGUAUGACCACCUGGCAUGAUUUAACUACGAAUAAGGUCGAGCUGUUGUACGGCAAUAAGUUUGGAGGGAAAGUUGGGAUUAGAUGGAAUUUGGGAUCUAUUGCUUUUUUGAGGGAAAUGUGGGCUACUCAUGCAAGAGCACUAGCUCUUAGAAGGUCUCAUGACGAACAGCCACGAAGCUUGUUUGAGGAUGAAAAUCUCGAAAGUAAGUUAAAGGAUGUGGAUCUAGGAGAUAAGUAUACAUAUAUCCCUCUGGAAGAACCUCAGAUCGAAAUACCACAAACAAAAGACCUGGGCGAAGCAACCCCACCUGUGGAGUGGUUUGGUGUUAAUCGCAAUCAGUUCCCUGGACUGACUCACCAGGCGAUUAUAGUUCCUCUACAAAAGCUCGCCCACAUCGCCGAAUAUGAAUGGGCUAGAAUAUUUGGGCAUGCCUAA